GACUUAAAGGGAGCAGACUAGCAAUCCAGCAGAGCACUUUCACUUUGAGCGCAGUGAGGACACACAGAGUGGCCAGAGGGAGAGACCGCGCAGAGGAGACCAGGGACUCUCCCACUUUAUCCAUUAACCAGUUUCCAGGAAGAGGGGAGUGAUUCAUAUUAGGCUGCUCAGGGAGAUUCUAGGUCAGUAGUGAGAGGGAGAAAGGGAAAUAUAGUAUAAAAACCAACAAAAGCUUUCAUAGGAAAGGGCUGCAGCCACUCAGGCUUAAGUGGGAAAAUCCAAAGUGAGAGAGAACAGGAUGGCGUGAGAGGAUAAAUGAGACAUUUAUUGGAAAGUACCAAAAGGAGUCAAAAGGAAGGAAUGUAAUAGGAAUGUCAACAAGAAGACUGAAUAUCAAACGGUGAAGGAGAAGACGCAGCAGUCAAAGACCUCAGGAAACCACAGAGGAGGAAACUUUGCCUUUCACAGACUGACACAGAAACCCAUCUGCAGAGGGAUUACCGUCAAAAAGAGAAAUGGAGACGCGUCCAUUCUUAGAAAGAUAAAAGGAUGUCACUGCCAGUUUUGCUGUUGCUAUCACUCUUGACUGUCCGAUGUGGUGGAUGCGACUUUGACCUGGAAGGUGUGAAAAACAUUAAGACGACUAUCGACUCUAAUCCGACUGGAUUUCGGACGGUAUUUCCAAGAGAUUACAAUGUAGUGCACCGCUACACCAAAAACAUGCUCUGUAACAGCGAUCCGUGUUGUGUGUUCCCUGCUGCAGUAGUGCUCCUCGAGUCCUGGCAUGUGCUUCUCGGAAACAUCUGGGAUGAGCACCUAAAUCAUUCCUUAAUCCUCGAUCUGAAGCAGACACUGGAUAAAAUUAUAAGAAAGAACAUAAAUACAGCGAGGUUCCAGGAGGAAACAGACCUGACCCAAUUCUCCACAUUAUCGUCGUCUCCUGAAGAACUGCUCAGGUUAACGUCAGAACUUCUCGCUCGAUGGCUCGAUGUCGGCUGCUUGCCUUUGAUUAAGACCUGCAUCCUGCCCACUUUCCCCCCCGUUGUUGAGAGGAAGGACUACGGCCCCUCGAGGGCCAGACUCUUGACGACCCGAGCCAUCAGCAGUGAGGAGGAAGAGCAGCUGGACGAGAUGAUGGACAAUACACUGCCGCUGUAUAAUGGUGGUCCUCCGUCCCUUUCAUUCCACGCUUCUGUCUGGAGCCCCUUGCUAUUCAGACUUUACUGGUGGUUGUUGCCAUAGUUACCGAAAAGGAUCUUCUUCUUUUUUUUUUUUAGUGAUGCACACAAAAUGCAAGACAUUUCCUGGCACUGACUGUUUGUUUUCUUAUACUUGUGUCUUUGCGUUUUAAUGCAGCAAGCUUUCUUAAUAUGAAGUGACAUGCACCGGUUGCAUUUAAUGUCCAAAGUUAGUUCACAUAGUUGUGCAACAGCACUCUGUAACAAGUGAUACCACAGAUGUAAACGUAUAUAUCCAUCCCCUCUAGAGCUCCAGCUAGCUAUGCUCGUCAUGCUAACCAGAGAUAAAUGCUGAGCAAGCCAAUGCACAUAAGCCAUCGUCUUCUGAUGUGGAAUUCAUCACUGUUUACAAUGAAUGUUAUGUAAAUGUAAGAUAUUGCAGUCUAUGGGCGCCUACUUUUGUACAUAAUUGUAAAUUAAAGACAUUUAGAUAUAUAAAUACAUUGUUAGUUUUUGAUAUAAUAUCCCAAGUAAGCUAUAUUUAUUGUGGUCUUUGCAGUUUGUCAUUAGCAAUGGAAAGUAGCCAAAGUACAUUUAAUCAAAUACUGCGCAAUUCUGUAUGUCCCUUUUAUGCGACUUUACACUUCUACUCUGUUAUAUUUCACAGGGAAAUAUUGUAAAUUUUACACCGCUGACAGUCAGAGUUAAUGGUUUACAGACAUGAUGCAUUGUUAUAAAUGAAACCUAACAGUUUAUGAAGUCGUUAAAACAAGCUCCAUUAACUACAGCAGUAAACUGCAUCCACAAUAACACAAGUAUAACAAUCACAGAGAGCACUUUUCUGCAUUAUAUACUUUUAGUUUUAAUACUUUAAUAUAUUUUACAAAAAAUACUUUUACUUCAGUUCAAUUUUAAAUACAGAUUUCUUUACAUGUACCGACAUAUAUUUACAUUGUGGUGUUGAUAUUUUUGCUUCAGUAAAAGAUCUGUAUGAACAGGACUGUUUCCUCUUCUGCUUGAAGAGAUUUUGUUUAUGACUUUGCAUUCCUGCAACAUGACAGAGUUUGUGUUAAGAGUCUACAUUCAUGGGAGCUUAACCGUGCCGUCUCUUUAAAAGAUUCAUUCCCAGUGUUCAAAUGCUUGACAACUAUUUUGUAACUCUGAUAAAAAGAACUGGGAGACGAGUUGCAGGUGAGGGAAGAAUGUGCUACGGAUCCAACAGGCCUCCAGAGGUUUUCUGACUCUUGUCAGGAUUUACACGAGAAAUAAAAAGUCCACCAUUUGGUGCUCGCACUUGCCCUUGCUUGUACACACCCACGCAUGUAAUGUGCACUGUCGUCACAGGAUACUCAUUGUUUCAUAAUCCUUCAAAUACUGAGGUAUAUAACAUUGGCCACUGGGGAAAACCGACUUUUGGCUUGCACCCCAAGUUUUCGUUGACUUUUUUUCCACUGAAUUUGAGUCCGAAUUUGAAAAUGGGACAAACGUAAUACAGCACGAAUGCAGAUUACAAAGAGUGAGAUCACCAUAGUGCUAGAA